CUUCCUGCUUCAAAAGUCUUUUCACCUUUACAAAUUAAAAAAAAAAUAUGACAACAAUGUUAUUACGAAUUAUUAUUGCAUUUCUCUGUUUAAGUUUAGGUACUGCUAGAGUAUGCUACUAUUCAGGAACUUGCCAAAGGGUUUGCUACUAUUCGUCUAAAGAUGAUGAUUGCUGGUGGGGAACAUGCUAUAAAUAUAGUCUGAAAAGCAAAACUUGCUACGUUCAAUGUACAGAGAACAGGUGCUGUGUAGGAUGGACAGGAACUUCAUGCUCCGAUGACAUAAAUGAAUGCAGCACAAAUAACGGAGGGUGCCAACAUAACUGUCGUAAUACAGCAGGGUCGUAUGAAUGCUACUGUAGUUCGGGGUAUUCCUUGAUGUCUGACGGACAGAAUUGUACAGACAUAAAUGAAUGUAACACAAAUAACGGAGGCUGCCAACAUAACUGUCGCAAUACAGUUGGGUCGUAUGAUUGCUACUGUAGGUCGGGAUAUUCCUUAAUGUCUGACGGACAGAAAUGUACAGAAAGCGACGAAUGUCUUGUCAAUAGAGGUGGCUGUCAGCAUUAUUGUAGGAACACAGAUGCUUCGUUCGUGUGCUCCUGCAGAUCAGGAUAUAUAUUAGCUAGUGAUGAAAGGACAUGCAAUGACAUAAAUGAAUGUAGCACAGAUAAUGGAGGGUGCCAACAUAACUGUCGCAAUACAGUUGGGUCGUAUUAUUGCUACUGCAGGUCGGGAUAUUUAUUGAUGUCUGACGAACAAAAAUGUACAGACAUAAAUGAAUGUAACACAGAUAACGGAGGGUGCCAACAUAACUGUCGCAAUACAGCAGGGUCGUAUCAUUGUUUCUGUAGGUUGGGAUAUUCCUUGAUGUCUGACGGACAAAAAUGUAUAGACAUAGACGAAUGCUAUACUAACAAUGGUGGUUGUCAGCAUGAUUGUAGUAACACAGUUGGUUCGUUUUCUUGCAACUGUAGACCUGGGUAUCUGCUUACAGAAGACAAAACAAAUUGUAAAGAUAUAGACGAAUGCCGUACUAACAAUGGCGGUUGUCAGCAUAAUUGUAGUAACACAGGUGGUUCUUUCUCUUGCUACUGUAGGCCUGGAUAUAUCCUCGCAGGUGACGAAAGAAAAUGCAAUGAUAAAAAUGAAUGCAGUAGCAGUGAUCAUGGUUGUAACCAAAACUGUAUCAAUACACCUGGAUCUUAUUACUGUUCCUGUUAUGCAGGCUACUUUCUUUCUUCUGAUAAUAAAACGUGUAACGAUAUUGAUGAAUGUAGCACAAACAAUGGUGGCUGUCAACAAAAUUGUCGCAACACAGAUGGAUCAUUUAACUGCCACUGUAGGUCAGGAUAUUCUCUUAUGUCAGACAGUAAAACUUGCACUGACAUAGACGAAUGCCGUAUUAACAAAGGCGGUUGUCAACAUGAUUGUAGAAACGUAGUUGGUUCAUUCAAAUGUUACUGCAAGUCUGGAUAUUUGCUUACAGAUGACAAUGCAACUUGCACUGACAUAGAUGAAUGCCGUAUUAACAAAGGCGGUUGUCAACAUGAUUGUAGGAACGUAGUUGGUUCAUUCCAAUGCUACUGUAGGUCUGGAUAUUUGCUUACAGAUGACAACAAUUACUGCAAAGAGGUAGACAAAUGUCGUACUAACAAUGGCGGUUGUCAGCAUGAUUGUAGUAACACAGAUGGUUCUUUCGAAUGUUACUGCAAGUCUGGAUAUAUCCUCGCAGGUGACGAAAGAAACUGCAAUGAUAUAAAUGAGUGCAGUAGUAAUGAUCAUGGUUGUCAUCAAAACUGUAUCAAUACACCUGGAUCUUAUUACUGUUCCUGUAACAAAGGCUUCUCACUGUCUUCUGAUUAUAAAACGUGUAACGAAAUAAUGGUGGCUGUCAACAAAAUUGUCGCAACACUGAUGGAUCAUUUAACUGCGACUGUAGGUCAGGAUAUUCUCAUAAUGUCAGACAGUAAAACUUGCACUGAGGUAGACGAAUGCCGUACCAACAAUGGCGGUUGUCAGCAUGAUUGUAGUAACACAGAUGGUUCUUUCGAAUGUUAUUGCAAGUCUGGAUAUAUCCUCGCAGGUGACGAAAGAAAAUGCAAUGAUAUAAAUGAAUGCAGUAGUAAUUAUCAUGGUUGUAACCAAAACUGUAUUAAUACACCUGGAUCUUAUUACUGCUCCUGUAGCACAGGCUUCUCGCUUUCUGCUGAUAAUAAAACGUGUAACGAUAUUGAUGAAUGUAGCACAAACAAUGGUGGCUGUCAACAAGAUUGUCGCAACACUGAUGGAUCAUUUAACUGUCACUGUAGGUCAGGAUAUUCUCUAAUGUCAGACAGUAAAACUUGCACUGAUAUUGAUGAAUGUAGCACAAACAAUGGUGGCUGUCAACAAGAUUGCCGCAACACAGAUGGAUCAUUUAACUGCGACUGUAGAUCAGGAUAUUCUCUAAUGUCAGACAGUAAAACUUGCACUGACAUAGACGAAUGCCGUACUAACAAAGGCGGUUGUCAACAUGAUUGUAGGAACGUAGUUGGUUCGUUCCAAUGUUACUGUAGGUCUGGAUAUUUGCUUACAGAUGACAAUGUAAACUGCAACGAUGCAAAUGAGUGCAUUAGUAAUGAUCAUGGUUGUAACCAAAUCUGUAUCAAUACACCUGGAUCAUAUAAAUGUUCCUGUAAUGCAGGUUUCUCGCUUUCUACUGAUAAUAAAACGUGUAACGAUAUUGAUGAAUGUAGCUCAAACAAUGGUGGCUGUAAACAAAAUUGUCGCAACACUGAUGGAUCAUUUAAUUGCCACUGUAGGUCAGGAUAUUCUCUAAUGUCAGACAGUAAAACUUGCACUGACAUAGACGAAUGCCGUUUUAACAAAGGCGGUUGUCAACAUGAUUGUAGGAACGUAGUUGGUUCAUUCGAAUGCUACUGCAAGUCUGGAUAUUUGCUUACAGAUGACAAUGCAAACUGCAACGAUGCAAAUGAGUGUAGCAGUAGAUAUCAUGGUUGUAACCAAAACUGUGUUGAUACACCUGGAUCAUAUCACUGUUCUUGUUACCCAGGCUUCUCGCUUUCUACUGAUAAUAAAACGUGUAAAGAUAUAGAUGAAUGUAGCACAAGCAAUGGUGGCUGUCAACAAAAUUGUCGCAACACUGAUGGAUCAUUUAAUUGCCACUGUAUGUCAGGAUAUUCUCUAAUGUCAGAUAAUAAAACUUGCACUGAUAUAAAUGAGUGUUCUUCCGAUAAUGGGGGGUGCAGUCAUUAUUGUAACAACGGGAAUGGGACAUAUGAAUGCAGCUGUAAAGACGGAUAUGCUCUUGAUGGAGAUUUGACAUCUUGUAAUGACAUAGAUGAAUGUUCCAAAGCUAAUGGCGGAUGUGAUCAGAUAUGUAACAAUCAAAACGGUUCCUUUGCAUGCGGCUGCUUUGAUGGUUUUACGUUAUUAAAAGACAGUGUUUCAUGUCUGGACAAAAAUGAAUGUGAGAUAGAGAACGGUGGUUGUGACCAUAUAUGUACAAAUAACGAUGGUUCGUUUACCUGUGAUUGCAAAAGAGGGUAUUCAAUACAAGGUGAUAAUUCCACGUGCGUGGAUAUUGACGAGUGCCACAUUAACAUGACUGCGUGUGACCAGUUAUGCAGAAACGAACGAGGUGAAUAUUUUUGCUCUUGUUUUGAUGGUUUCUUCCUGAACAAUGACAAUAUAUCAUGUGAUGAUAUUGAUGAAUGUAAAAGCGCAAAUGGUGGAUGCGAACACAUUUGUUUAAACACCAACGGCUCGUUUAUUUGCGACUGUUACAAUGGUUACAUUGUGCAGGCCAACCUUUGUUCAGACAUAAACGAAUGUGAAAUUGACCAUGGACUUUGCGAUCACAACUGCACUAAUUUAAAAGGUUCUUAUACCUGCAGUUGUUUAAAUGGAUUUAAACUUCAAGGAAACAAUCAAACAUGCAAAGACGUGAAUGAAUGUACUGACGAUAACGGCGGUUGUGAGCAAAUAUGUUUUAAUUCUGUUGGGUCAUAUUCCUGUGGAUGUAAAAAUGGAUUUUCACUCAACCCUGCCAAUAAUUCCGCAUGCGAAGAUGAAUGUGCUAUCAAUAACGGCAACUGUAGUCAGACUUGCAAUUAUAACUUUGGGUCAGUAGUAUGUACAUGUUACGCUGGUUAUGUACUCCAAACAGAUGGUGCAACAUGCUUAGAUUUUGAUGAAUGUUCAAAAGACAAUGGGGGAUGUCAAUCGUUGUGUUCUAACACAGAGGGUUCAUUUAAAUGCGGCUGUGACGAAGGAAAAGUACUAAACGAAGACGGGGUCAGCUGUAAUAAGACAAAUAUAGCAUCAAUAUACAUGUCAUUGAGACUAGUAGUUAAUGAAAUAACAACUUUAGCAACAUCUACCAUUUUUGGAGCAGCAAAGGAGUCGCUUGAAACAUACUUCAAGACAUUAAUAGGAACCCCAUUUACUCUAGCAAUAAAUGAGAUAAGGUCAUCUACAAAGGAAAAUGGAACGCUCGAGAUUUUUGUAACGUAUACAGUUUCGUAUAUCAGAACCGCAUUACACAAUAUUGAAAAAGAACGUCUUUUGCGAGGAACAACUAAACUAACUGAAUGGACUGAUGUGCAAUUCAACGGAAAACCCGCCCAAGCGAUACUAAUUUUACCGGAGGGAGGACUCUGUGAAGUGCACAUUAUAAUAAAUGGCGAUUGUGAACCUGGGUACCAUUGUCAGUUGAAUGAAAAUGUGCCUCGCUGUCGGAAAACAGAGCACACAGAUGACCUCAAUCAAGGUAGACUGGUCGUUUAUAUUGUUCCAGUUAUUGUUGCCAUAGUCUUUAUUGGGUUAGCAGUUAUGACCGGCAUCUGCAUACGUCGGAAUAGAAUACAUUCAGGACUUUCAAGAGUUAAAUACAGGCGUGAAAAGUCUGCCACGGCUUUACAUGAACUGGCGGAGAAAAAACAGGAACAUGAAAAGUCAUAUGUGAAUUUAAAAAUCACGAAUACACGUGACGCAACUUCAAUUACAUCACAUAUAUAUGAGGACGUUAUGUAAAACCAAAGGAAGAACAUGUGUAUAUUUUCAGGAAAACAUGUGCUGUUUGAAUGUAUUUUAAUAUUCAGAAUUUUUAAAUGACAAUAGUACCAAAUAAAAGUAGUAGAUUAUAUAUUUCUUAAACUUUAAUUGAUAUGUGCAAGAAAAUUUGCCGUCAUAGAUGGGAAUAUCUGGCUCUCGGAUAACUGUUCUAGAAAAUACUAGAAAACUUCCGCCUUAUACAGUUACCUGCUGCAAAUAUUUUUCCUGUUUUAGAUUCUUAUACCAACACAUAUUAUCUGCUUCUAUAUUGUUUAAUUAUUAAAAAAUUAAAAUUAUAUUUUUGCCGUUUUUUGAUCCUAAUUAUUGUAUCGAAUAACUCGUUAUAUUUAUUUAACUCAUAUAUUUUCAUAACUUUUAUUUGAAUGAUUUACUAAUAAAAUAAAUAAACUUGAUCUAAUAUU